GUACCGAUCUCGCCCAUCCGAGUGGACAAGGACCUCCUGCUGCAAGUGGUGCGCGUCAAGGUGAAGACGCUGAUCCGCAACGCCAAGCUGCGCGAGCAGGGGCUGGAGCAGCAACCGGGCAAGACGCACGACCCGCAGUGCACCGCCGAGAGACUUGAGCGCCUGGUGCCAGUCAUCGAGCAGCGCUGGCUGCAGGAUCUCAUGAAGGGCGACGAGCCCCGGUACGGCUUCGACGAGGUCGUCAAGGUCUUUCAGGACAUUGUUCACAGCGACUCG